AUGUGGCGCGUCGCAGGCCCGUCGGAGUACCUCGCCAUAACUGGAGGAUUUAUCAAGGACGUCAAGCUCGCCAAGAAGGCAUGGAUUUGGCCUACUCAGAAGUGCGUCAAGUUCCACGUUUCUCCGGUCAAUUACACCUUCAAGGUGCGGGAUGCGUGCACAGAGAAGCUCCCCUUCUUCAUCCAUGCCGUCUUCACCAUCGGUCCUCGCGUCACCGACCACAAGAGCCUCCUCCUCUACGCCAAGCUUUUUGCCUCCCAUGUCAAGCCCUCGGUCCGCGAGAAGUACGUCGUCCAGAAUAUCAUCCACGGCCAGACCUGCGUCCUUGCCGCCUCCAAGACCAUGGAGCAUAUCUUCAAGGAGAUCUUGGAGAAGCUCGAGUUGAAGCUCAACCAGUUUGGGCUGGUGAUCUACAAGGCCAACCUGGAAGAUGCUGCCAAGGCCAAGAUAAAAAAGGUGGAAAUUAAGGUCACGGGGACGGUGAAAAUCUUCAAGAACCAAAAGAAAGCUGAAUUGGCUGAAGUGAACGCCCGGUCUCAGUCGUCUAAAUUGGCCAAGGUGGAGUAUCUUGUUGAGCUACUUUUGUGGAAUUUCUGCAAGGUGCAAGAGGCAAACUGGGAACUCUAUAAGAACGAGAGGAUGGCGGAGGCGCAAGAGGCAACAGUGGACGCAACCUUAUAUGGAUGCCAGCAAGAAGAUGAGGGAAUCCAGGCGCAGGUCGUAGGGACGCUUCUCAAUUCAGCAGUGAUUAUGGAUCGAUAA